AUGAAGGAAUGUUCACAUAUGAUCGGACUAGGUGACUUUUUUGCAGACGCAAAAAAAUGUUGGAUACUUUUAGCAAGCAAAUCCCCAAGAAGAAUAGAGUUAAUGAAGUUAAUGGGGGUAAAAAAUUUACAUGUUUGUGAAUCAGGAUUUGAAGAAAAUUUAGAUAAAAACAAAUUUUCUUCUGCUGAGGAAUAUGUUAAGGAAAAUGCAAUAAAAAAAGGACUAAACGUGGCAGAACAUGUCUGGUUUGGAAACAAAAGAAGUAAUCAAAACGAGAAGAACUCAAAAGCUGAGGCAGGAAAAAGUGAACACGUCAAUAAUGUUCAUUUGGUUGAUGACCUGGAUAAUAAGAACAACAUAAAUAAAACUGAUAUAGAAAAAGUAAAUAAAUAUCAAGUCAAAAAUUUAUAUAGUAAUUAUAACCCUAUGCCAAAUGUUAUUAUCUCAUGUGACACUAUCGUUACACUAAAUGAUGAAAUAAUAGAAAAACCUUUAAAUAAAAAACAUGCCCAUGAAAUAUUAAAAAGGCUAUCAUCUAAUAUCCAUUGUGUUUAUACAGCUGUUUGUAUAUUUUUAUAUAAAACAAAAGUACCUAUCACAUUUAUUGAGAAGACACAUGUACAUUUUGAUAAUUUAUUAGAACAAGAUAUUUCAGAAUAUUUAAAUUCGAAUGAACCAUAUGAUAAGGCCGGUGCUUAUUCCAUUCAAGGGGUUGGUUGUCAGUUUAUAAAAAAAAUUAAUGGUUGUUAUUACAACGUUAUGGGAUUACCAAUUCAUAAAUUAUCCAAAACAUUAACUCAGUUGUGCAAGGAGAGUAAAAUAUUCUGUUGA